AUGCGCGCUCCGCCGCUGCUGCUGCUGCUGGCCGCCUGCGCGCCGCCGCCAGUCGCCGCUGUGGACCCGACGUUGCCGGGUUGGGAGCCGGCCUCCGACGCGCCCUGGUGCCCCUACAAGGUGCUGUCCGAGGGCCCCGAGGCGGGCGGUGGGCGCCUGUGCUUCCGCAGCCCCGCUCGGGGAUUCCGCUGCCAGACGCCCGGCUGCGUAACGCUGGCCUCGGCGAGUGGCUCGCUGCGCGCCCACGUCCUGCGCAACCGCAGCGUGCUGCUGCAGUGGCGCCUGGCUCCAGCCGAGGCGCGCCGCGUGCGCGUCUUCGCGCUAAACUGCUCGUGGCGUGGCACCUACACGCGCUUCCCGUGCGAUCGCGUGCUGUUGGGUGCUUCCUGCCGCGACUACCUGCUGCCGGACGUGCACGACAGCGUGCGCUACCGCCUGUGCCUGCAGCCGCUGCCGCUGCGCGCCGAGCUCGCCGCCGCCCCGCCAGAGCUCGCCGAAUGCGUGGAGUUCACCGCCGAGCCGGCAGCUAUGCAGGAGAUCGUGGUGGCUAUGACGGCGGUAGGCGGCUCCAUCUGUGUCAUGCUGGUGGUCAUCUGCCUGCUGGUGGCCUACAUCACCGAGAACCUCAUGCACCCGACCUUCCGGCGACCCAGUCUGCGCAGGCAGUCCUGAAGCCCAAGGCGACCCGCCCACCAGGGUUCCAUCUGCCCAAGUGCGCUGAGACCCUAAGGCCCUCUCCUUGCUUUUCUCUCAUUCCUUCUUCCUCCUAGGAUCCCCACGGAGGGCCUAAUGGAGACUCUAGCCCACGCAGGGAUCUUGGCAUCAUCCCACGACCUUGCCAGCCCCAGCUGGGUAUCUGCCUUCCAGACUCAGGCCUCAGACUGGCCCAUAGGCAUGGGCUAGAGUGUCAGCUGCGUCCAGGGGUCUUCCCCUUCUCCAGGGCCUUUGUAUGUAGGGCCGGGCCAGAAUAUACAUUCCCUUCUGGCAAGAGCCACUGGCACGCAGGAUCAUCAACCUGAACUUUCAUCCCGUGCCAGGUUGUCGAAGCUUGGCCGUGAUCGUUGCUUGGUCACGUUGUGCUUUGCAGGUUGGGAGAAGUGACCUCUGGAGGCCGUACCCACCCCACCUUACCCCAGUGGGCUUAGGUUAGCUUUGUGCCUUAGUAUCUCUGGCCCACUGCAGGAGCCACCCAUCACCC